CCUCGCCGCUGUCGGCGCCCGCGGGCGAGUAAGUCCGUGAGCGGGAGCGGCGGCAUCCGUGGCGGCGGCGGCGGCGCUGGGCGGGCGGGGCUAAAGGUGUUGGAACAGAUGUUGGAAGAUGUUAGCUGUGGAUACAGGGGUUGUGGAGGAGUGGUUAUCGGAGUUCAAGACACUGCCAGAAGCAUCCAUAUCCAGUUAUGCUACAAACUUGAAAGACAAGAGUGCUCUGGUUUCGUCUCUUUACAAAGUAAUUCAGGAGCCACAAAGUGAGCUUUUGGAGCCAGUUUGCCAUCAACUCUUCGAGUUUUAUCGCAGUGGUGAGGAACAAUUACUGCGGUUUACACUGCAGUUUCUACCAGAGUUGAUGUGGUGCUAUCUUGCUGUCUCAGCCAGCAGAGAUUUGCAAAGCAGUGGUUGCAUAGAGGCUCUUCUCCUAGGAGUUUACAACUUGGAAAUAGUUGACAAGCAGGGUCAUAGCAAAGUGCUGAGUUUCACAAUUCCGUCUCUGUCCAAACCUUCAGUCUAUCAUGAACCUUCCAGCAUUGGCUCCAUGGCUCUCACUGAAGGAGCUUUAUCCCAGCAUGGUUUGUCCAGAGUGGUAUACAGUGGACCUCAUCCUCAGAGGGAGAUGUUAACAGCUCAGAACAGGUUCGAAGUACUGACGUUCCUUCUGCUUUGUUACAAUGCUGCCUUAAGCUACAUGCCUGCAGUUUCUCUUCAGUCGUUGUGUCAAAUUUGUUCAAGAAUCUGUGUCUGUGGAUAUCCUCGCCAACAAGUGAGAAAGUACAAGGGAGUAAAUAGCAGGAUCCCAGUUUCUUCUGAAUUCAUGGUGCAAAUGCUAACAGGGAUUUAUUAUGCCUUUUAUAAUGGAGAAUGGGACCUGGCUCGUAAAGCUAUGGAUGACAUUUUGUAUAGAGCCCAGCUGGAACUAUAUCCAGAACCUCUGCUGGUUGCUAAUGCAAUAAAAGCUUCAUUGCCUCAGGGUGCCAUAAAAUCUAGUAAAGAAGGUACAAGAUGCAUUCAGGUUGAAAUUACACCUACUUCAUCUAGAAUAUCAAGAAAUGCUGUGACUAGCAUGUCUAUCCGAGGGCAUAGAUGGAAAAGACAUGAUAAUAGUGAUUUAGCAAUUGAAGAAGAACUGAUAGAAGUGUCUGAAACUGAUGAAGGAUUUUACUCUAGGGCUACUUCUAGCACAAGUCAGUCUGCCUUACUGAACAGCAACAGCACCAACAGCAAGAGCCUUUUAGGGAAGAGCCAACGAAGAUCUGGAGGAAGCAAAGCUGGAGGGAAAGAAAAAGAAGGGGAAACCUGCAGAGAACAUUUGUCACGGAAACAAACACAGAGAGCCAUGAGUGAGAACCUAGAGCUUGUCUCUCUGAAGAGAUUGACACUGACAACUAGCCAAUCCUUGCCUAAACCUGGCAGCCAUAGUUUGGCCAGAACUACCACUACUGUUUUUAGUAAAUCCUUUGAACAGGUCAGUGGUGUCACAGUUCCAAAUAAUCGUGGUGGUGUAUCUGGUACAGAGGCAAACAGGUUCUCGGCUUGUAGUCUUCAGGAGGAAAAACUGAUAUAUGGAGCAGAAAGAGCAGAUCUUCCUAUUUCAAGUAAACAACCCAGUCAACAGCGACCUCCUAGUAUUAGUGUAACUUUAUCAACAGAUUGACAUUGUUAAAUUGGCCAGUAUGAGUAAUAAAUCUGAGGGUUUUAUGCUGAUGGGGGUACCAUACAUUAAGCUCCUUAAUAUGCUAUAUAUUACCAUCUUAAACCUGAAGCUCAUAAAUUCUUAUAUUUGGCUCCCAUUUGACAAUAAGAAUGAGUAGUUACAGUUCUAAUUAUUUUGCAUCAACUUCUAAUAGCUUGGAAAGUACCUCUUUGACUUCUUACUAUAUUUAUACCCCUGCUUGUUUACAGCUUCAUGUAACGCCAAUUUAACAAACAUCAAUUGGUUGUUUAGCCACUGACCAAGAUGUGUGGCUUUCUACAAAUGCACAGUAUGGGAACAAAUAGAUUCCCUUUGAGAUUUUACUCUUCAUUACCAGCGGGCAUAAGGAAAACUGCAGAGGUUAUUUAGUAGGAGCCUUGUGAUGUGGGCAUGAAAUUUUGCAACAGGAUUGUAACAACAUAACACUUUCUUGUGUUAGUCAUAAGAAAGCUGCCUUUACACCUAGAGGUAAAACUAGAAACAUCAGUGUUCUGUCAGCUUUUGUAACAGUAGUUAGUUCACAUGGCAAUACUUUGUAUACCUACUAGUUUGCAUUAUAGAUGCAUUAUAGUUUGUGUAUACACUUCCAAAACUGGGCCAGAAGUCAUACAGUAGCAGCACUUGUGGAUGGGAGUUCCUAUGAAUUGCUCUAAUAGUCACUUGUCAGACUGCCAGUAGUCUGACAGUCUCUAUUUCUUUCAGAUUCUUAAAUAUUGGGCACAAAGCUACUUAGUGAAAAGUCACUGUCAUCAGUAUUUCUGUUCAUGGGGAAGAAAUGUGCUCAUGUAACGGUAUCAUGUAGAAAAUAAGUGAACCUUUUGCACUGAAUCAAGCAAAUCAGGAGUGUGAAUGUGUUUAACGAACUUGUUACUUGAGGCUAAGAGAAUACUACCAAAGGAUGUGUACUUCCAAUAACUUGCAAACACAAAGGGAAAUUAUAAUUUAAAUGUAACUAGCAUUAUAAUUGCUAAUCUCAUAUAUCUGUUGUUAUUCUCAUUUGCCUGUUUGAGAUUACUUAAUUUCAAACCUUCAUGUAGUCUGAUGACUUCAUUUGUUACUAACUUCUGUAACCUUGAGAUUGUAACUGAAAAUUGCAUUAAAACUGUUUAUGCAGAAAUUUGGAGAAGCAACAGCUGACAAAAGCACUUCAGUAGUAGUGGCUAUCUGACAGAACACAUAUGAGUGGAGAAACAGGAUGAAGAUGCAAUGUGUGUUUAUUCCUAGGUGACCAGAUUUCCACAGGUAGCAAUCCCUUAUUGCCAAGAAUAUAAGAAGGCCUUGUAAUAGAGCAACCAGUAAAAUUUCAGUAAGCUUUCUUAUUUGCCUAGGGGUAAGUUUAGAAUUCCCUUUUUAUUUAAACUGAAGCACAAGUAACCUAAACAGCUCAUGUUAUACUAGUGGUUUGUAGCUUCUUUAAUUAAUGAAAAGAGAUGAAGAUGUGUAAUUGAUGGUGUUAAACAAGUUGUUACCGAAAAUAGACUAAUACAAAUGGUCUCUGGAGCAUGCAUAACCACAGGAAAUGGAAGAGUUUCAGGCAGCUAAUAGCUGACAUUGCUUAGUACUACGCAUUAUUCUGAAUGUAGAGCUUUUCUUAAGAUUCGUUUUAGAUGUUAUGAGCAAAUAACCUAUGGAACUUAAAUCUGCCUCCUGAUCUGCUCUUGCAGUAAAGUAUUUAGGAAUAUUUUGAAUAUAUUAGUAUUUACAUUGAAAAAAAGAAAAAAUAAGGUUAAAGUUGACAAAUGUUUGUUACAGUAUUAAUCAUGAGCUAGCAUUAAGGAACUAUUGUUUCUAAGUAGUGUUUUUCUUUCUUUCUUUUUUCUUUUUCUUUCUUUUUUUUUAAGAUCACAAUUAUCUCCAUAGUAGACACUUUCAGACUGAAUGUUCGUAUAAAGGAUGCUUAUUAUACUUGGAAGAUCUAGCCACUUUAGCUUUCUGAAGCAUCUAAAAUUCCAUAAAAUACAGAGAUGUAGUGUAACGUUUACAAUGCUGUUGGCCUCAAGUCAGGCAGUGUUAUAGUAGUUAGCUUAUCCUUUUAUUUUAUACAGCCAAUUAUUCUAAUCUUGGUCUGGUUUGAAUCCAAAAUGAGAGCUCACACUGUACAGCUGAAAUUACAUGAGGCUUCAUAUCUUUUUAUAAAAUGAUUAAAGGGAAGUUUGUUGGUACUAAAGGGCUGCUGCUUCUAUACACGUGGCUUCAUGUAAAUAUGUGUGCAUUAAUCUCUGGAUCAACUUAUACAAUGAGUAUGUUUUCAAUGUUUUCAUGAACUGACAUCAUAUGUUGAGAUUGAGUUUCUUUUCUGAUGAAGUAAUAAACUUUCAACUGUACUUCUUAAAAAAAAAAAAAGGAGGGGGGAGAGGAGAAGGGGGUCAAAUUAUUUAUUUUGUCCAAAUACCCAUUGAGUUCCAGAAGACAAAUAUUGCACUGUUUCUAGUGUAGGAUUGGAGUAGAGGUGGGAAGGAAGCUGUGGUAGUAAUUAUUUCCUGCUACUUACAAAAUUGUGAAGCUCUUUUGUUUUUGAGCAUUAUCUGAUCAUUUUAGACGGAUUAAUGAAAAGUGUAUAUUAAGCAGGGGGCCUUCUAAUGGUGUAAGGAAACUAUCUUAAAACAUAGCAUAUUCUGCUCUACCCCAAAGAAGGUAGUUGUGAUAAAUAUGUUCCAAAUGUCAUACGUAGCUGCAGUGUUCUGCAGAAUGAAUGUUAAAUAGGAGUGAAUCAUCUCAAUUUAUAAUAAAAGAGAAGCUGUUUAAUGCUAACGUUUAAAACUGACCUUACAUUUUUAAAUCAAAGGGAACUGUAUCCAGUGAUGGCUUUGAACAACACCAUUAGCAAAACUGUUCUGAAAGUACUGAGUAGAACUGCUUUCAUUUUGAGAAUCUGUAGCAUUUGUGUAAAGAGUGUAUGUCUUCCCACCACUUCCUCUGGGGCUGCAAUGGCUUUUCUGAAGGGCUUUUUCCAACAAGAUUUGACAGAUACAGAAAUAUAUUAUGAUUUUUGCCCCUUUCUAUCUAAGGAAGUCUCUUCUGACCUCUCUGAGGAUUUUAGAAAUUUCUAACUUCAUUAUCUGAUAUCUUUUGUCAAUGUUUGAGGCUUACAAUGCUAUAUAUAGAUGUGUAAUAUAUUGCCUUUUGUAUUUGUAUAACUAUAUUUCCAAGACAGCUAAAUAGAUGUGUACAUUUCUUAACAUUCACCAAAGUUUCUGAAAUAACUGCAUCAGUUUAUGGUUGUUAGUCUUCACUUGAGAGCCUGAGAUAAAUAAAUGUGCCACACUUUCUUGUAUUCUGCAGCUUAUUGAGUGACACUUUAGUAAUGCAGUAUUUCACUUUUUUACAGAGUAAAACUCAUUUUUAAUUGUACAUGAAAACUUACAUUCCUAGUGUAUAAACUACAAGCUUGUGUGAUGUUUUGUGUUUAAUACUAUGGUUGAUGAAAUAAACUGGAUUUUUUUUGAAGUUGUA